CUCACUCCUCCGCUCGACCAUUUCCAGCUCUCCUUUCCAUCUCUAAGGCCCCAGCCAUCUCUUCCCCGAGCAGACUACAACAGACGGCUGCAGACUCGCCGCUGGACUCAAGAAACAUUGGCAGCCGGCAAUCGAAGUGCUCUGUUUCGCUGCUGGGCUCGGCAGGGAUUGUAGCCUGUCCUGUAUCCACCGGAAGCCCCAUUUACUUCAGGGAUAGUACUGGGAAAGUGGACGCGAGCGGUGAGUUUAGCGGCAAGCGAAUAUGCUGGCGUGCAUCGCGUGUGCGAAGCAGGAGCUGGAGGAAGACGGAGAGGAUACCGCGCGUGCUGGGACCCCAAGCAACAAAGACGCCGUCAAAAGCCUGAGUUCUCAGCUAAAAGACAUGGUGCUGAAGUUCUCCGGCGUCUACCGUCAAUGCAAGGGGGGUAGCGGCGCCUCCUUCCGUCCCAAAUCUCAUCACCACCAUCGUUAUCCUGUUAUAGAUGAUGACUAUGCCGACGGCCACUACACCUACCUCGGUGCCGCGAGCUCGAACUCCACGCCGGCGUGGGACUUCACGAGCGUGAGGCCUUCGGAGCCAGCUGGGACGUCUGAUGGCAGAGAAAGAGCAAAGUGGAUUCUUCCAGGCGGCUCCGGCAUGCCGGUGUCCGCCGGAGAAAAUAAUGUUGCACUGCCGGAUGAUGGGGAGCCCAAGGAGUGGAUUGCCCAGGUAGAACCAGGAGUCCAUAUCACCUUUCUUUCUCUCCCUGGCGGAGCAGGCAACGAUCUCAAGCGCAUUCGCUUCAGUCGGGAGAUGUUCAACAAGUGGCAGGCGCAGAGGUGGUGGGGCGAGAACUAUGACAGGAUAAUGGAGCUCUACAACGUGCAGAAAUUCAGACGACAAGGUCUCCCCACUCCGCCGAGGUCCGACGACGGCGGCGAGCAAAGAGAGUCAUUCUACUCUCGGACCGGUUCAACAAGGGAGAGUCCAGUGACCCCUCCACCCGGCCGGGACCGGCUACUCCGUUCUGGCUUCCGGCCGCCAUCGAUAUCCAGCAGAGGAGGCGGAGUUUACUUGCCUUCGGUGCCGGACCCUUCCGAGUACAUAAUGCCGCAUCAUCUAAGAGCAUGCGGCAGCAGCAGUGGGGCGGCGUCGGUGGUGGCUGCGGUGAGAGGGGAGGCAUCGUCGAUUGAUGCUUCGAGGACGACAACGUCGUCGAGGGAUGAGGCGGCCUCCGUUUCCAUAAGCAAUGCGAGUGACCAGGAGGUGACGGAGUGGGUGGAGCAGGAUGAACCUGGAGUUUAUAUUACCAUCCGAGAGCUGCCUGAUGGCGCCCGAGAGCUUCGUCGCGUCAGAUUCAGUCGCGAAAGGUUUGGAGAAGUACACGCCAAGCUGUGGUGGGAGGAGAAUAGAGAACGGAUACAGGCGCAGUAUCUGUAGGUCUGUUUCAUACUUUUCACUAAUCUGACAACAUUAAGUGUGGAAGAAACUGAGAAAAGAAGAGUGGAGGGAAAAGUGGGCACGAAAGGUAAUUGUUAUUUUGAUAUUUUAUUUAAUUUUUGUUGGUAAGUAGUCUAUCCUUGUAGUGGGUCGGGUUGAAGCCUUGGGGGAGGCUCUUUUCUGGUAUUGUAAUUGUUUGUGCUUUGUCUCUACAUGGAAUCUCAGGCUGAAUUACUGCUAAACCUCUGAAUUGCAAGUGGGGUUGGCUCUUACAAAAUUAAGCGUGGGCCAAACAAUGGCGUAUAAAGCAGCUUAAAUCAAAAAAUUGAACCUGA